AACCUUACCUGCUCAAGGUGAGGGGUCAAUGAAUUAAAAAAAAAAAGUUAUUUAAAGAAAAAAAAAGCUUAAAAAAGCCUUAAAGUUUAAAGAAAGUUGAUUGCAGAAAGCAAGAGCUUUUGCCUUACUUUCUUUUUAUUUUUUUUUUCUUUCUCUAUGAGUAAAGCUGAAUACCCACUAUUAUUCUAACUUCACUACCAGCUGUACAAAUUUUUUUGUUGGGUUUGUGUUAUAGUUUCUCCACUUAAAAACACACAAACAAAAUACCCAAAAAGAAAAAAAAAGGAAAAAAAAAAAAUAAAUAUAUAGAAAAAGUGGGAAAAAAUUUGCUCACACAAUACCACUCCAUGCUAGAAAACAACAACAAUACUGCUUCUUCUUCUGCUGCUGCUGUUGCUGCUGAUCCAUCUUCUUCUUCUGAUCAUAUUCAUCAUCAUCAUCAUCAUCAUCAAACUCACUAUGGUUUUCCUCAUAAUAAUUCUUCUGAAAAUGGGGUUGUCAUCAUCAAUAAUACCAAUACCAAAAGAAAAAGAAGACCAGCAGGCACACCAGAUCCAGAUGCGGAAGUGGUAUCCUUAUCGCCAAAGACGCUAUUGGAAUCGGACCGUUACGUUUGUGAGAUCUGUAACCAAGGGUUUCAAAGAGACCAAAAUCUUCAGAUGCAUAGAAGGAGACACAAAGUGCCAUGGAAGCUUCUGAAGAGAGAAACUCAAGAAGUUAAAAAGAGAGUUUUCGUUUGUCCUGAACCGAGUUGUCUACACCAUGAUCCUUGCCAUGCUUUGGGUGAUUUAGUUGGUAUCAAGAAACACUUUCGCCGAAAGCAUAGUAACCAUAAACAGUGGGUCUGUGAUAAGUGUUCCAAAGGUUACGCUGUACAAUCCGAUUACAAAGCACAUCUCAAAACUUGCGGUACUCGAGGCCAUUCCUGUGACUGUGGUCGAGUUUUUUCAAGAGUUGAGAGCUUCAUCGAACACCAAGACAGUUGCACAGUAAGGCAAGUCCGACCCGAGCUACAAGCUCUUCAACCAGCCUCCGCCACCGCCGCUACCACCGCUGCAGGUUGUUCGUCUCGAACGGCUUCGAGUACGAGCCCUUCGAGCGAUGCUAAUUUCAGCAAUAGUAAGGGAAAUCAUCGAUUACUCAUGAUCAAUUUGCCUAAACCCAACGAAUUAUUACCAAACAUGUUCUUAAAUAAUAACAACAUUAAGAAUCAGCAAAGUCUUCUUGAGCUUCAGCUUCUUCCUUCUACUAAUUCAUCAGAAGCGGUUGGCGGCGUUUCGAAUCAAAAUUCUUCUGAAGAGAAUUACGCUAGUACUCAUUUGAAGCUUUCGAUCGGAUCUAAUAAUAAUAAUUUGGAGGGCGGUGGUGGUGAAAAUAAUCAAGGGGCGGAAGUUUGUAGAAUGAGAGAUUUGGCUAACGAUGAGAUGAAAUUGGCUAUGGCUGAGAAGACAUACGCGGAGGAAGCUCGGCGUGAAGCUAAACGGCUUAUUGAAAUGGCUGAGAUGGAAUUCACUAACGCCAAGAGGAUAAGGCAACAAGCUCAAGCUGAGUUAGAAAAGGCUCAGUUGCUUAGAGAACAAGCCACUAAGAAAAUCAGCUCAACAAUUUUACAAAUCACUUGUCAAGCUUGUAAACAACAUUUCCAAACGACGCCGUUGGGACCUUCUGAUGAAACGACGUCGCUUGCUAUGAGUUAUAUGUCGUCCGCUACUACUGAAGGCGAAGGAGAGUAGUAGUAGUAGUAUAGUAACUAAGCUAGUAAUAAUAGUAGUAAAGAGACGUUAUGGUAAUAAUAAUUUUUAUUUUAUUUUUUCA